AUGAAUGAAACUACAGACAAACUUAACUCUUCUCUCAUUCUUCCUUUCAGUAAGGACUAUGAGUUCUGUUCAAAUGGUGUUUAUUUCUAUUGUGGAAAGAUGGGCUCAGGUAAGACAUUUAACCUCAUUCGUCAUAUACUCAUAACAGAGCGUUUAGGAAACGACUCUUACUAUGACCAAAUCAUUAUAUCAGCAACUUCAGACUCUAUGGACUCAACAGCGAAAACAUUUAUGUCAAAAGUUCAAGCCUCUGUCGUUAAAGUUCCAGACAGUGAACUCAUUGAAUUUCUUCAACGUUACAUUCGACGUAAGAGGAAAUAUUAUGCCAUCGUUGAAUUUAUACAGUCAGGAAUGCAAAAGACUUCUGAGGAGAUGGAAAGAAUUAUUGACAAACAUCACUUACGUCAGUACUCAGGAGUUUACGAUAUGAAACGACUGACAAACUACAUUCUAUCAAAACUUUCAAAAUACCCCUUCAAAAAAAUAUCCUUCAAACACUUUAUUAGUUUGUGA